AUGGUGCAACACCGGUUCCUCCUCCUGACAUUUCCGGCCCAAGGCCACAUCAACCCUUCCCUCCAGUUCGCAAAGCAUCUCAUCCGCACUACCGGGGCACAUGUCACGUAUGUCACGAGCCUCUCUGCCCAUCGCCGCAUAGGGAAUGGCUCAACUCCUCAUGGCUUGACCUAUUCGCUCUUCUCUGACGGUUACGACAAUGGAUUCAAAGAUGGCGAUGAUAUCGACAACUACAUGUCGGAGCUUAGGCGUCGCGGUGCACAAGCCAUCACCGACCUUAUUGUGUCUAGUGCAAAGGAGGGCCGCCCCUACACUUGCCUAAUCUACACAAUACUUCUCCCUUGGGCCGCGGUGGUGGCCCGUGAGCUCCACCUCCCAUCCGUGCUCGUGUGGAUUCAGCCAGCCACUGUUUUCGACAUCUACUACUAUUAUUUUAGCGGUUACAAAGACCUCAUCCGGAACAGUACUAGUACUACUCAUACUAAUGGCGCUUUAUGUUCAAUAGAAUUACCAGGAUUGCCACAAUCCCUCGCCAGCCGCGACCUUCCCUCUUUCAUGGUGGAUUCAAAUCCGUACGGUUUCGCGCUUCCCUUGUUUGAAGAGCAAUUUGAGGUGCUCGAGAGAGAAACCAAGCCCAUCAUUCUGGUGAACACGUUCGAUGCGCUGGAGUCAGAGGCCUUGAAAGCAAUUGACAAGUACAAUCUGAUUGGAAUCGGGCCAUUGAUUCCAUCGGCUUUCUUGGACGGCAAGGAUCCAUCCGACAAGUCAUUCCGCGGCGAUCUUUACCAAAAAUCAGAGGACUCUUCGUACAUCAAGUGGCUGAACUCGAGGCCUGAAGGGUCCGUGGUUUACGUGUCGUUUGGAAGCAUGUCCGUUCUGUCGAAGCCCCAAAUGGAGGAAAUCGCGAAAGGGUUGCUGGACAGCGGGCGGCCAUUCUUGUGGGUGAUUAGAGAAAAAGAAGAAAGCAAAGGACAAGAUAAGGAGGCCGAUAAGGAGGAAGAGAAACUGAGCUGCAGAGAGGAGUUGGAAGAGCUUGGGAAGAUAGUGCCAUGGUGUAGCCAAGUGGAGGUUUUGUCAAGCCCUUCAUUGGGUUGUUUCGUGACACAUUGCGGGUGGAAUUCAAGCUUGGAGAGCCUGGUUUCCGGGGUGCCUGUGGUGGCGUUUCCUCAGUGGACGGACCAAGGGACCAAUGCCAAGUUGAUUGAGGACACGUGGAAGACUGGAGUUAGGGUGACACCAAAUGAUGAGGGGAUUGUUGUAGGUGAGGAGCUCAAGAGGUGCUUAGAAUUGGUCAUGGGAAGUGGGGAGAUUGGUGAAGAAUUGAGAAGAAAUGCUAAGAAAUGGAAGGGUUUGGCAAGAGAGGCUGUGAGUGAAGGUGGGUCUUCUGAUAGGAAUCUAAAGGCCUUCUUGGAUCACAUAGAAUGA